CCGACUCAACAGUAAGGCCCCGCGGGCGUCCUGGCCGCCAUGUGCACCGCAGUGGACCCUCGCAUUGUCCGGAGAUACCUACUCAGGCGGCAGCUCGGGCAGGGAGCCUAUGGCAUUGUGUGGAAGGCAGUGGACCGGAGGACUGGUGAGGUCGUGGCCAUCAAGAAAAUCUUUGAUGCUUUUAGGGAUAAGACAGAUGCCCAGAGAACAUUCCGGGAAAUCACGCUCCUCCAGGAGUUUGGGGACCAUCCCAACAUCAUCAGCCUCCUUGACGUGAUCCGGGCAGAGAACGACAGGGACAUUUACCUGGUGUUUGAGUUUAUGGGUUGCCCCCCCAGCCCCCCACCGCCGACUGCAGUGCGCACCCUCUCUGCAGACACUGACCUGAACGCAGUCAUCCGGAAGGGCGGCCUGCUGCAGGACGUCCACGUGCGCUCCAUCUUCUACCAGCUCCUGCGGGCCACCCGGUUCCUCCACUCGGGGCACGUUGUGCACCGGGACCAGAAGCCGUCCAAUGUGCUCCUGGAUGCCAACUGCACAGUGAAGCUGUGUGACUUUGGCCUGGCCCGCUCCCUGGGCGACCUCCCCGAGGGGCCUGAGGACCAGGCCGUGACAGAGUACGUGGCCACACGCUGGUACCGAGCACCGGAGGUGCUGCUCUCUUCACACCGAUACACCCUUGGGGUGGACAUGUGGAGUCUGGGUUGUAUCCUGGGGGAGAUGCUGCGGGGGAGACCCCUGUUCCCGGGCACGUCCACCCUCCACCAGCUGGAGCUGAUCCUGGAGACCAUCCCACCGCCAUCUGAGGAGGACCUCCUGGCUCUCGGCUCAGGCUGCCGUGCCUCUGUACUGCACCACCUGGGGUCCCGACAGGACAGCAAGGUGGACCCCAGUUUGGAAGCUGAGCCCCCAGCCACGAACGUGGAUCUGAGGAGGGGCCCUUGGGUCGGGCCCUGGAGACGACACAUGGCAGCCCACAGGCCACGACAGACGCUGGAUGCCCUCCUACCGCCAGACACCUCCCCAGAGGCCUUGGACCUCCUUAGGCGACUCCUGGUGUUCGCCCCGGACAAGCGGUUAAGCGCGACCCAGGCACUGCAGCACCCCUACGUGCAGAGGUUCCACUGCCCCAGCGACGAGUGGGCACGAGAGGCAGAUGUGCGGCUCCGGGCACACGAAGGGGUCCAGCUCUCUGUGCCUGAGUACCGUAGCCGCGUCUAUCAGAUGAUCCUGGAGUAUGGAGGCAGCAGCGGCACCUCGAGAGAGAAGGGCCCGGAGGGUGUCUCCCCAAGCCAGGCACACAUGCACAAACCCAGAGCCGACCCUCAGCUGCCUUCUAGGACAUCUGUGCAGGGUCCCAGACCCAGGCCCCAGAGCAGCCCAGGCCAUGACCCCGCCGAGCACGAGUCCCCCCAUGCAGCCAAGAACGUUCCCAGGCAGAACUCUGCUCCCCUGCUCCAAACUGCACUCCUAGGGAAUGGGGAAAGGCCCCCUGGGGCAAAGGAAGCGCCCCCCUUGACACUCUCGCUGGUGAAGCCAAGCGGGAGGGGAGCUGCGCCCUCCCUGACCUCCCAGGCUGCGGCUCAGGUGGCCAACCAGGCCCUGAUCCGGGGUGACUGGAACCGGGGCGGUGGGGUGAGGGUGGCCAGCGCACAACAGGUCCCUCCCCGGCUUCCUCCGGAGGCCCGGCCCGGCCGGAGGAUGUUCAGCACCUCUGCCUUGCAGGGUGCCCAGGGGGGUGCCAGGGCUUUGCUUGGAGGCUACUCCCAAGCCUACGGGACUAUCUGCCACUCGGCACUGGGCCACCUGCCCCUGCUGGAGGGGCACCAUGUGUGAGCCACCCUACUCCCUUCACCUGGCCCCCUGUUCCUGCCCCAGCCCCUUCCCCAGAUCCCUUUCCAGUCUCCUGCACCCCUUAGCCCUCCCUGCUUUGCCUGGCCACGUUGAAGUUCCAGGGAGCUUGCCUGGGUCUCCUCGGGGGAGCAGAUGAGGGCCCUGCCCCAGCCCCACUGACUUCCUCCAAUAAAGUCAUGUCUGCCCCCAACCUAA